UAUGUGGGAAUGUCAAAUUGACAAAUAAAAAUGCAAAUGGGUUUUGAAAUAUGCUCUGUUGACAGUAUUUCCUGCUGCUGUUCCUUCUGAUGCUGGUGGAGCUGACCGCAGCAUGUCUGCUACUCGUGUUCGAGGGACAGGUUGCUACAAUGAUAGAAGACGAUCUCAACAAGAGUUUGAAAGAAGCCAAAGCAAAUUCUACAGAUCCAGUACUGAGUGAGUGGGAUCUGGUUCAGAAUAACUUUGUCUGCUGUGGAGUCAAUAAUGUGAUGGACUGGGAAGACAAUGUGCCGAAAUCUUGCUGCCUGAGCAAAUGCAGCAGCCCUGAGCCUCCUUACAAGCGAACGGUAGGAACAGUAAAGAAGUAGGAUUAAGACCCAGAG